ACAAAAACAAAAAUGAAAUCAACCCUUCCAACCCUCCUCUUUGCCGGACUUUUUCUUGCUGGAAUCCUCCUCCCUGAUCCGGUUGCAUCCCAGAGUUGUAACUGUGGUCGGCAAGAGUGUUGUAGUAAGUAUGGUUACUGUGGCACCACACAAGAAUAUUGCGGGAAAGACUGUCGAAAAGGCCCAUGUUCACUGCCAGCUCCUAAUAAUAAUGCAGACGUCCCUGGUAUAGUGAGCAAUGCAUUUUUCAAUGGUAUUGUUGCGAAGUCUGCGAGCAACUGUCCUGGACGAAGUUUUUAUACACGAGACACGUUUCUUAGAGUCAUCAGAGACUACCCACAUUUUGGUAGAUCUGGUUCAAUCGACGACUCCAAGCGUGAAAUUGCAGCUUUCUUUGCUCAUGUUACACAUGAGACUGGUCACUUUUGUUACAUAGAAGAGACAGGUGGUCGUUCAAAAGACUACUGCGAUAAGACCAAGCAGAAGGAUUAUCCGUGCAUCUCUAAUAAAGGCUACUACGGAAGAGGUGCAAUUCAACUUUCAUAUAACUACAACUAUGGUGAAGCCGGAAAGAACCUUGGAUUAGAUUUGCUCAGGAACCCAGAUAUCGUGGCUACAGACCAAGUGGUUUCCUUCAAGACAGCGCUGUGGUUCUGGAUGGAGCAUGCUCAUUGGGAUUUCGCUUCUGGCAAUGGUUUCGGAGCUUCAAUCAGGGCUGUCAAUAAGAUUGAAUGUGAUAAUGGGGAAUGCAGCCGCUGUGUCUUCACGUGUCACGUACUACACAGAUUAUUGCAGGCAAUUUGGUGUUCAACCAGGUGGUAACCUUCGUUGUUAGUCUACUCUGUAUCUUAUAUUGUGUUUGGUUAGGGGCUAUGGGUUUCGAUGUUUUUUUAGCACUUAUCUAUGUUUGCAAAUAAAUGUUGUCAUGAUGACAAAUAUUGUGCUUGAUGAAUAACACAGUAGAGUUAUAAAGGUUACUGUGUAAUAACGUGUG